AUGGGGACACCUCAUGUGGGGUCGCCAAACUAUAGCGGACCGGGAGGACGCAGGAAAUCCAAUUCACUUCCUGUGCCUAUACCAAUCCCGAACCUGACGAAGAAGUCUCGCGGGCGGAGAGUCCCAACCGCUUCAACUCUCGAUAACAGCGGGAAGGGUGUCCGAGUUCAUACGUGCAAGGUCCCAGGGUGUGGAAAGUGUUUUGCUCGAGGCGAGCAUUUGAAGAGACACGUCCGUAGCAUACACACGUAUGACAAACCACACAAAUGUCCUUACCCUGGGUGUGGCAAAGAUUUCAGUCGACAUGAUAACCUGGGUCAACACAUGCGAGUUCACAAAGAUUACCGCUCACCACGGUAA